CCUCUAUCUCGAGGGAGGGAGGGGAGGUCCAGCGGUGCCGGACUUAAAAGACAGACUUGAGCCCCCGAGCGUUCACUUCGAGGAUCACUGCGACACAAUGAAGAGCCUCCGAGUCGUCUCGUCUUUGCUGGCCCUCGUGGCUGUGGGAUCCGCGGUCCCCUCUCAAAGGAUCGUCGGUGGGGACUUCACUGAGGAGGGAGAUUUCCCGGAGAUGGUGUCUGUAUACUCUGACCCUCUGAUUGGCAGCAAGCAGCAUCUGUGUGGAGGCAUCAUUCUGAACGACAACCACGUCCUUACCACCGCCACCUGCGUUCAUAACCGCAACAGCCUAUACGUGAUGGGCGCGGGCGUCAACCUGGAGAACGAGACAGGCUACGAGGAGCACAAGGCCGUCAGCAUGGUAAUCGUCCACCCAGAUUACGACUCAGUGACAAAGGCGCACGAUCUGGCUGUUCUGAAGCUCAACCACAACUUCGUCUUCGUGACUGGCUUGGUGACCCCCGCGGUGCUGCCAGCUCCUGAGACCGCCGAGCCUACCACCGGCACCCACAUGACUGCCGUGGGCUGGGGCAAGGAUGGCCCUGAUGGGGAGAUGCAGAUGAUGCAGAAGGCAGUGAACCUGACCUACUUGUCCCGCGAGGAGUGCAGCGUGAUCUUCGGAACUUUCGUGCAACCCAAUGAAGGGUGCUUGGAGGGCAGCGAUGGAGAGGGAGUCUGCAUCGGAGAUGAGGGCGGCCUUGUGGAGGACGCCCAUGGAACAGCCAUGGCCAUUGUGUCGUGGCACGUGAGUUGCGACGCCUUCCCUGCCGUGGUGACUCUCCUCGCUCCCUACCACGAAUGGAUCACCAGCCACUUCGAUACCUAAGCCAAUAUUCUCCUCAGAAGCCACUAAGAGGGAACACCUGCAAGGACGAGUGGCAAUGAGUGCCCUGUAAGCUCACUGGUUACUCUGAAGCCUGAUUUUUACGUGUUUGUUUCCCAUCAGUCUCGUUGACAUUGUAACAACUAUUAAUGUCCAUUGGAAUACUUUCCCUUUUUCUUCCUAUGUUCUCGGAAGCUCAUCAUGUGACGCAUAAGACAUUCUGUUUACGUGGCUUCACAUAAAAGAAAAAUGGAA